AUGUCUGUCACGGACGUGCAAGACAUGAGGGCAGAGCAGAUAUACCGCCCACUGGACUUCUCCAAGAACGAAAUUCGCCUGCUCGAAUUUAAGGAUCAUGUCUGCGAUAGAGAAGUCCCAUUGCAAUUGGAUCUAUACCACGUAUCGUUGGAUGAUUGGGACCCUGAGUUUGUCACUUUGCGAAACCAAAAUCCAUCGGCGGAUAUCUUGCAACUCGCCCAAGCCGAGGAGAAUACAAUAUUCAAGUGGGGGAUUUAUACCUGCUUGAGCUAUACACGGGGAGACUGCGAGGGAGAGAAGGCGACAAUCUUCGUCAACGGUGUCGCGACACCUGUGGACAAAUAUCUAGAGCAUGCUCUGCGAGAUGUGGGCGGUUCCGAUCAUGUGCAUCAGCUAUGGGUCGACGCUCUCUGUAUCAAUAAUGCUGACACGUUUGACCGGAAUCAACAUGCUCUGCGCAGAAAGGUUAUCUUCGGCCACGCCUGGAGAAUUCUAGCAUGUGUCCACGACAGCAAAGAGCUCACGGAUUAUGAGCUUGGUUAUAUCCAUUCAGACCAGCCGGGAGAUGCGAUAGAUUGGUAUUGCGAAUUCCUGAUGAUGGAUUGUGGCAGGCAAGUUCUUGAAGAGGCUCUCGGAGUCCGGCAUCGGAACUGGGGAGCGGCGGAGCAACAAGAAGAGAUCAUCAGGGAUGAGAUAACUGCUCCGCUUGCUUUAAUGUUUGAUGAACAUUUGGGAGUGCCCUGGCGCAAGGAUCGAGAGAGCGACUCGGGCGAUGAAGAUUGGCACGAACCCGAACCCUGCAAUGUCCGCUUUUUGGACAUAAUCCAGUCAUACCUAUUGACGCUUCUCCAGAAGCAAUAUUGGUCGCGUCUAGAGAUUAUCCAAGAGCUGACAGAAAAUCCUGACAAAACCCUCUUGCAGUGGGGGCAUAGUUGGGGAGCCCAGCCGAUUCCGUUCCCGGUCUACCUGGCUCUAGGCGACGUCUUACUCAACUUACACAAAGAUGAGGAGCCCGCGGACCCAGAGCUUUGGAAGAAGUUGAAACCCAAGCUGGAUCUCUGGUCAUUCAUCACCAGAAGGAAGGAGCUGGAGACUGCGACAGGCGGUGCGGAACGGUUGGACAAUGUCGGCGUCAGGGAGUUGAACUCACUCGUUGCGCGUGCAAGUUGCACGUUCCCACAGGACAGAGUGUACGCCAUACUGGGCUUGUUCCCGCCGUCUGUUUCAGGCGCCGUUAGGGUCGAUUACAACCAGGAUGCGGCAGUGACCAUGGCCCAGUUUCGCUCCGUGGUCCCAGGCUGGAACUGCAACCGACUGGAGCCGAGAAGCGAAAGUGACGAUGAGGGAGUCUGCCAGGGUUCGAUGAUGGAACUAGAUUGA